AUGACACGAGAACAAUAUAUACUAGCAACACAACAGAAUAACCUGCCAAGGACUGAGAAUGCACAACUGUAUCCAGUGGGAAUUUAUGGCUGGCGAAAGAGGUGCUUAUACUUCUUUGUCCUUCUGCUGUUGGUUACCAUGAUAGUUAACUUAGCCAUGACAAUAUGGAUAUUGAAAGUUAUGAAUUUCACUAUGGAUGGUAUGGGAAAUCUGAGAGUCACCAAGAAGGGAAUCCGACUGGAAGGUAUAUCUGAGUUUCUACUUCCAUUGUAUGUGAAAGAAAUUCAUUCCAGAAAGGAUAGUCCACUGGUCUUACAGUCUGACAGAAAUGUAACGGUGAAUGCAAGGAAUCACAUGGGGCAGUUAACAGGACAACUGACUGUAGGAGCUGAAGCUGUGGAGGCUCAGUGUAAAAGGUUUGAAGUGAGAGCCAGUGAAGACGGCAGGGUGCUGUUUGCUGCAGAUGAAGAGGAGAUCACCAUUGGGGCUGAAAAGCUGAAAGUCACAGGCACAGAAGGAGCAGUAUUUGGGCACUCUGUGGAGACCCCUCACAUCAGAGCAGAGCCAUCACAAGACCUCAAGCUUGAAUCGCCCACCAGAUCCUUGAUCAUGGAAGCCCCUCGCGGGGUCCAGGUGAGCGCUGCCGCUGGGGACUUCAAGGCCACCUGCAGGAAGGAGCUCCACCUGCAGUCCACAGAAGGCGAGAUAUUUUUAAAUUCAGAUACAAUCCGGCUGGGAAAUCUACCGACCGGCUCCUUUGCAUCUUCUUCUCCCAGCUCCUCAAACUCUCGACAGACUGUGUACGAACUCUGUGUCUGCCCCAAUGGCAAACUUUACCUUUCUCCAGCAGGAGUAAGUUCCACCUGCCAGUCCAGUAGCAACAUCUGCUUGUGGAACUGAAGUGACUGAUUCCUCCUCACACCAGAAUAGCCUUUUGUUCCCGUCCGUCUGCUUCACAGUUCUGCUCGGUUUCCCUUGUGAUCAGUCCAGAGCAUCUUCAAACGGUCCACGGAGCAACUUCUUCCAGUGUAAGCAGAGAUUUGCUGCCACCUCCUCUUGCGAUUUCCUGAACUGCUCAGCAGAGGGAGGGACACAGCAGCGGAUAAAAACAUCUUCAAAAGGAAAAUCGGAUCAAAACUCUUGCUGGAAAGGGAGAAUAACAUAGGUGCCUUUGCUACAAGAAGUGAAGCACAUAGUUGUAGGUUUUUUUGUUUGUUUGUUUGUUUUGCAGGAUCUGGAUAUGAACUGCACAUACACAUUGCAUAGAUGAAAUUCCCAGUAUCUGGUGGCAAGAUAAAAUGGUUAAACCCUGUCAGACACUAAUCCUACAGUUUGAAAGCACAAUUUUUCAUUCAUCUUUUUGGAUGUAAACUUUUAUCCCUGAAUUUUAAAAUUUUGAAGCAUUAUGAUGUGCUUGCUUUACUAAAAAAAAAUAAUUAAAUUCAAUACAUGGUUUUUAACAAAACACAAAAAUAAGACAGAAUCCCUUCUUGA